AUGAAUUUACACCAGAUCGUCAGUGGCGCCUGCAACGCAGGCGAUAAAUGUUUUGCUGUAGGAUCAGUAGAAGGAGUUCCCUUUACUGCUUACGCAGCUGGAUGUAACAUUGUAAUAUUAGCCUCUACUUUUGAACGAGUUCAAAUAAUACCUGGUGCUAUUCAUGACUAUAUUAGGAUCACUUCUGUAGAUUGUUCUAGCGAUACUGGAAAGAUAGCUGCUUCUUAUGAUGAUGUGGUUUGCAUAUACGAACCUACUCCUUUGAUUCAUAAUACUUCAUCUCAUGGCCUAGAUUAUAGAUGGGUGCAAACCGGCACGCUUAAAACUGAUUCUCCUAUUCGUGCUUUGAGUUGGAACCUUGAAGGUACUCGUUUGCUAACAGCUGGUGCUCAUGUACAAUUGUGGCAUCUCAAAUCGCAACCAGGAGAAGAAGAUCACAAACAAUCUACCGUUACUUUUACUUUGGGAGGAGGGCACCAAGAUGGACCGGAUGAUGGAGAUCCUCACGAGGAACCUGAUAAACCUCAAGAACAAGAACAGACUUCUUAUCAAUGUGUUUGGAAAGCAAACACCGCCAUUCCUGUCCAACACUUGGCUUUCAGUCCAGAUGGCACCCUUUUCGCAACUUGUGGAGAAAAUGAUAGAUUGGUUAAAAUUUGGUAUGAAAAUAGACAUGUUUUAUUCACUUCAAAAAGUACAGACGGUCCUUUAGAGUUGGAUUAUGGAUUCGUGUACAUUGCUCAUCCCAGGGCUGUGACUCAUAUAUCUUGGCGAACCACCAGUAAAUAUAUGCCAAAGGGUUCAGUAUCAAACAUGUUGGUUACUUCUUGUAAAGAUAACAUAUGUCGACUAUGGGUGGAGACAGUGCUACCUGAGGAUGGACUAGUCAAUUUAUCACAACUGGAUCCUCAAGCACAUCAUCCUAAAUUCAGGACACACAGACACAAACAUCGCUUCAUGCAACGAUUGAAACAUAUGAAAACGUGUUUUCACAUUAGAAGAAAUGCAAAACAUCAUGGUCACGGCAUUGGUGGACCCUCGCCACCAAUACCCACUUUACCCUCGACUUAUAGUGUCCACGAUUUCCAUUCUUAUGGAUACCAUGGCACAGGUAUUACCCCAGGCCUGCAUUUUCAUUUGGCAGCUUCGGUAAAUGCUGAAACUGACAUACCUCUGGUUCCGAGCAUUAGCUACUGCAAUCCCAAACCUGCUUUUGUCCUUCAUUGGUUGGAUAAUAAAGAAAUGCAAUUCAGUCUUCAGGCUGAACUAUUUUUAGAAGAAUUUGCAAGACCGGUUGUCGAUAAUCCAGAAUCUGAAGACUCAGAAGAACCUUUGAUGGAUUCCGGCGGUUCAGAUGGAGUUGAUGCAAGAAUAGAAAACUUUUUGAGAGAUUGGCACCAUAGUCCGGAUUUGCUUUUCAGCAUACACCCAGUAGAUGGGAGCUUCUUGAUCUGGGUGGUAGAGUGGCUAGACGAGUUCCAUCCAGGAUCUUUCCGGCAAGCUCAAGUGUCAUUUUCCACUCGAAUCCCGUCCGCUUUCCCGUUGGGCGACUCGAUGAGUAUGUCGACGACAGUCAGUCUUUACAACACCACCCCGUUGCUGAAACAUCUGGUGAAAGAAGCUCUUCAUAAGGAAUGCUUUAACAAUAGAGACCUAAGCAGCGUCAAGGAAGAAGACGAAAAUAAGUCGCAGAAAGAUAUUCCGUUACCAAAUGUUGAAGAGCAGCAAGAGGCUGCACCGGUGGUAUCGUUGGUGACCAAACACGAUAACGGCACGUUGAACCUUUGGCAAAUAACCUUUGCCGAUAAGAGUAAAUUUAGCCAAGUUCUUAGCAUAGGACACAAGAGCAGGGCGUCUGGCCAUAGGUUUAGAGUCAACGACAUAACAUGCCACCCAGUGUUGCCAUUACUGUUGACCACCAGCCAUCACAAUAUCAUAGACAAGUCUCAGGUUAAUAACAAAACUGGUUUCUGUAGCGAAUUGAUAUUAUGGAAAGUAGACGCAGUCGGUCCUCUGUCAAAAUCAGGAGGUAUAUGCGAGUUGGCUAGAAUAAGUUCGCCGGAACCUUCGGCUUUCAGUAACGUCGCUUGGAUACCGACCCUGCUUCCUUCCAGCACACUAGGCAACCUUUCGAAUUCGCCUAGCGCUUGCUUCGUGGCUUCAGAUGGCCAAUGUUUGAGAGUAUAUCAAGCCGUCAUCGAUGCUAGAACUCUUCUCGCCGAUUUAUCGUUCAAAGAAAAUAGGAAAAAUGAAGAAGAGGAUGAAAGCGUGUCUGGUUUGUCAUCUUAUAAUCAAGAAAGCAUUUUGGAUAAUAUUAAUAUUGUUUCACAACAAAGCACUUCGAGACCAGGAUGUAUUAUACAGUUGGAAACUAUUUCAGAGGCUAUCAAAUGGCAAAAUACCACUUUCUUACAUGUUUACCAGGAACAGUUGAUUACAGGUCAGAAAAGCACGCCAAUCAAUUUAUCCGGAAACGAUGCCAUGGUCGACUUACAGCAAGCUUCUGUUUUUAAAGAACCCUUCUUCAUAGUCUUACUGGAUUGUACAGACCAAAAUACUAUAAUUCAUAUGUGGAAGUUAACUAUUGCGUCAACAGAUACAGAAUACGCACUUACCGGUAGCCAAAUGUACGUUCCCGAUUCCGUUUUGGUUCAAGAUGAAAACGAUCUAUCGAGAAAAAAUAGUAUGGAAUCACUCCAUCUAAAACCAUCAAAGGUGAGUCCUCACAUAAACAUAUGCGUUACCAGAGAAGUAAAACAGAUACUCCCACUGUCGGAUGGAAUAGAAAUUGUACACGCUACACCUGCAGCUGGUCAUUUGAGUUCCGCAUCUAUAUAUCCGGCCUGUUUAGCACCAUAUUGUUUCGCGACUGCGUGUAGCGACGGAGUUAUCAGAUUUUGGACGGUAUCAACUAACCCAAAACAAGUUAGGGAAUUUAGUCAUCUCAUGUUAGAGGAAGAUGGAGUUAUUGUUAAUACUAACAAAGUUUGGACAGAAUGGAAUAUGAUUAAGGAGUCCGCAAUUGAAAUAGAAGGGCAGGUACUUAACAUUAGUGUCGCCUAUUCUGGAAGGCUAGCAUGUGCUUACAAAUACGGAAAAAGCUUUACCAGACCGAAUAAAAACGAUCAAGAUUCAAGAUUUAUAAAUCUAUGUGUCGCUAUAUACGAAUGCGAGUCGACAGGAGGCAGCGAAUGGAUUUUAGAAGACGUUAUCCAUUUAAAAAAUAUUCAUCUUCCAAGAAUAGAUAUCAACAAACACCUGGAUCUUAGCUACCUUUAUGAUUCGAAGACUCUCAAAAAGAAGCAAAGGAUCAAUGAAGUGUUGCAUACUUUCUCUGGUGAUGAUAGACAGACUUUAGUUACUGAACCCAAUAUGAAAUCAACAUUACUGGCCGUACCAAGUUUCACCACUCUUCAAUCUUUGAGAAAGUCCAUUUCGGAAAUGGGCAAUAUUUGUCCUUUGACGCAGAAACAUAUAGUACAACUGGAUUGGGUGUCCAAUGAAGAUGGAUCUCAUAUACUAACAGUAGCUGUUGGCAGUAAAAUAAUGCUGUAUACUCCAUUAUCUACUGAUUUGGCUCAAGCUAAUGUCAAAGCUAUGAAAGAAAGUUUGAACAACUAUCGGCCGAUAUUGAGAAAAGCCAGUUCACUUGCUCAACCCAUGUUUGUGGACGAUUUCAAAUGGAUGACAUUAAGAAAAAUUGAGCUGCAAACUGCAGACGGUCUACCAGCACUUCCUAUGCAGAUUAGCUGGGUUAGAGAUGGAAUACUCGUGGUCGGUAUGGAUUCCGAAAUGCACGUUUACACUCAGUGGAAGCCACAGAAUCCUUCGCAACAGAAUCAAAAUAACGAAACUGAGAGCAGAAAUGGAAGAGACGUCGAUUUUCGUACUUUGACGCAAGAAAACCAAAAGAAAUUAGCAGCCGUUCCCACUCUUGGACGAAUAAGUUCUGUUAACUUGCAGAUUUUGGAUCGCAAAAGAAACAAGGAACAGAACUUUGAUUAUAUGCCGGAUUAUGGAUUAUUUGAGGCUUCUAGAAUUGCUUGUCCAGUUUUACCGCAGUACCAUCCCAAGCAACUCAUGGAGCUGUUGAAUUCUGGAAAAAUACGAUGGGUGAAGGCGAUCUUGGUGCAUCUCGUGAAGUGCAUAGGAGGCAACCAAGACGCGUCUGAAGAAAUCCAAGGUUGGACCCGUAGCAGGACUCUUUCUGUCAGUUAUCCACCAGGUAGUCCUGAGCAUAGAGCUAGCAUUGGAGAAAUCAAUUUGGACUACGACGAAAUCAAUAACAUCCCUCCUUUACCUUUGUGGACCCUUCUCGCUGCAGAUAAAGAAUCAUCAGUUACUCAAGAAGAGAAAAAGGAUUAUAAUGAACUUUUCGAUAGCAAUGUAGUGACGGAUGAUCAUACGUUGGAUAAUUUGCUGGACGAACAAGACGACCAGCGUAGACCAUCAGAAAGAAAUAUGGGUUUGAUGCAUUUUACACCAAAGCAAGGAAGAAUUUUAUCUCGUCUCUUGACUCACAUUCACUUGCCUGGAUUAUCCAGUUUGGAUCAGAUGCAUCUCUUGGCUCUUGCUGAUACGGUUUCCACUUGCAAUACUGAUUUGGCUGAGAGAUUUGCUAUAGAUGCUGCUAAGUCCGCCAUGUUGAAAGAAAAUCCUGUAGAUCAGAAAGAAGAGUUGAUGACAGACAAUUUGGAUGACUGUGGCUUGAGGUUUUUGUUGGCCAUGAAGCAUUAUGGAUAUUUGUUAAGAUGUCUUCCAUUGGCUCAAAGAACUCUAUUCCAAAAGCAAGGAGUCGGUAACAACAACUUAGCUUGGGCGUACCACUCAGAAAGCCAAGAAGAAUUGCUGAAUUUGAUCCCGAGUUAUGCAAAAGCGGAACCUUUGUGGUCAACACUCAGAGAACUGGGCGUUGGCUGGUGGGUCAGAAACAUUACUCUUUUGAAGCAAUGCGUUCAAGUAAUAGCUAAAGCUGCUUAUCAAAUUAAUCAAGAUCCUAUGGACGCUGCUUUAUAUUAUUUGGCUUUGAAUAAGAAAAAUCUUCUUUGGGGGUUGUACAGAUCUAAACGAGAUGAUAGAAUGACGGCUUUCUUCUCCAAUAAUUUCUCUGAAGACAGAUGGCGUAAAGCGGCUUUGAAGAACGCCUACGCUCUCUUGGGAAAGCAAAGAUUCGACCAUGCAGCCGCUUUUUUCCUGCUGGCUGGCAACCUAAAAGAUGCUGUAGAAAUUUGCCUCAACCGAUUGCAAGAUCUGCAACUGGCUAUUAUCAUCAUACGAAUAUAUCAAGGAGAUGGACAAGAACUCAAGAAGUUACUUUACAGGGAGAUCUUGGGCCGAGAUGAAAAUGGAGAAAACCAAGACAUGACUAAAGCGCAUCCAGAUCCUUUCCUUCGUUCAAUGGCAUUGUGGACUUUGAAAGAAUAUCAGCCGUCACUCGACACUCUAUUAGUAGGUAAUGCCGGUACUCAACAUGCGGCUCAUGAUGAAGAAGCUCGAGAAAGGAAAGAAGCAGACCCGAACGUAUUCAAUUUUUAUGUGUAUCUCAGGACUCAUCCGCUAUUGGUUCGUCAGCAUUUAACAAGUUACGGCAAAAGAAAAGUAUGGGUGCCUGGAGGCAAGCAGAUCGUCGUUGACGAAUGGGUAACACCGCUGGAAAGGCAGUUGUACUUUGCCACGGCUCACGGUCACUUUAGAGCCGGAUGUCCGGCUUUGGCACUCGAAGUUCUAUCCAAGCUCCCUUACGUGGUUUCCGAUAGACCCAAACAGAAUGCCGAAGAAUCUAACAAAAACAAUUUCCAAGAUCAAUCCGAUAUUGUAACUGGAACAAUAUCUUGGGAUAGUAAGCCUCAAAUGAGCGCCGAUUUAGAUUGGGGAGCGCCGGUGACUGAUAUGGGCGUUAAAACGGACGAUUUUGCACUAAAAUGGAGCGACGAUGAAGGAGACAAGGAUUCGGAGGAUUCAGAUGGAGGUUUAAGUAUGGCCAUUGGAGGAAAGAAGGACGAAUCUAAAGAGGAAGACGUCGAAAAUGAAGACGAGGAAGAGAAGCAACAACAUAUCGACAUAAUGGCGCAGCAGUUGAAAUUCGUAGCUUGUUUGAAGAUUCUCAUGGAAGAAUUAUCUACUUUGGCAACUGGGUUUGAAGUUGACGGUGGCCAGUUAAGGUACCAACUUUAUUUGUGGUUGGAGAAAGAAGUGGAGGCUUUGAGGGAGCUUUGUAAUUAUACUUCGUCCGAAACCGCUGAUCAAACUGAGCUGGAACAAACUCUAGAACCGGAAAAUACAAGUAGCGUGGAUGCAUCCGGUAAACCGACGCUCCACGAGAUCCUCGUUCAAGAAAAAUUGGACUUUGAAGCUAAAGUUCAAAGGGCGGCCAAAAGGAAGCGAUGGUUACGAGCGAAUGAAACGUUGCUGAGAACUCUAUUGAGUUACUGUUCUUUGCACGGUGCUACUGGCGGUCUGGCUUCAGUAAGAAUGGAACUUAUGUUGCUAUUACAAGAAUUGCAGCAGGAAAAAACGCACCAACAAUUGUUGAGUCCGUUGCCGUUCCCUACAAGUCUGCCUCUUCUAGCGGCCAGCGUCGCUAGUAGUAAAACUGUUGUUGCUGAUCCAAUUAGAUAUCUUCAGUGUCUUACACAUGAUAUGUUACACACGGUUGUAGAAAUGGUACAGCCGCAUACUAGUCAAAGUCAAUUGUUGGUCAUAAGAGACUUGGCCAUUGCAUUGUCCGCAUGUAUAUAUCAAUCGCUAUGUGAUUCUGAUACAUUUAAAAAUUCCUUGCAAGAAGCACAGGAAAUAGGAGCCACGCAUUUAGUCGGUCGUAAGAGACGAAUUUCCGUAAACGAAGGUCACAAUAUUAUAACUUUGCCGGCAAAAUGGCCGGGCGUGACGAGUUUACGAGCGCUAUUGGCCAGAGAAAAAGAUGAAGAUACUCCUCGACUGACAGUUAUCCUUUGCGAAGCAUUUACAGCCGUGUAUUUAGCGCUUUUAUUAUACGGACUCGUUACAUUCGAUUGCAUAAUUUUGUUUCACGUGAAUGCUCACACGUUUGACUCAGAUAUUUGGGGAAGGUUAUUUGGAGGCGGCAUCAAGAAACUCCUUCGCACAGCAAGUUUAUCGGGAAAUAUCCCCCAUCACCCGCAAUACACCACCCAGCAGAGCGUACAAACACCCGUGGAGGAAUCCAGCGGCCCCGCUACGUGGCUUAACAAACAAAGAGUAAAACUUAAUACUAAACUAUUAGGACAACAGCCUUCCGUAAUGAAAGAAGACAAACCCACUUACAGGGAACAAUUUGUCCCACCUGACAUGAGCGUACUGGCCUAUCUAUUGCAGAAACCAAAUACCUGUGAUUACAUCGAAGAAGUGGAAAGCGACAUUGAAGAAGAAGACGAAGAUGAAGACGUAUUUGACGCUCCUGUAACGAAAACUGCCAAAAUCGUAAAUUGUGAACAUUCAGAUCCAAAUUCGUAUUCUUGGUUGGUGCUAAGAUUGGCAACUUUGCGUAUAGUCCAGCAUAAAAUAAACGAAUUCUUGGCGGUGGCUGGAUUGGAAGCUAGCGAAUUACCAGUAGCCAGUCCAAUGAUCCACAGCAGUCUCAGAAGAUUGACAAGUUGGCAAGAACUCCUAAAGAAGGAAUUGGAAAGCAGACAGACUCCUCCCGAGUACAUACCUGGCUGUUUCGUAGAAAAUACACAUGGGCCGCCUAUUCAAAAAUACAGGCAACUUUUAGAGCCCCACAAUACUCCGUUCAGCAACAAAAGUUCAGCGGCCGCUGCAAGAAAUCUUUGGAUUUAUCUGGUUCGUCAGGAGCUCGUACAGGAUAUAUUCAUCAGAGCAGUGUUUGGUAAACGCAGAUCGUCCGCUACAAUGGACGAGUUAUUACCCCAUCCGGAGCCCGCUGUUUUGGAACCCGUCAGGAUAAUUCACAAGGAGCAGGAUUCGAUCGCGGCUUUUUGCCUGAACCAUGUAAAUGGCGGGUUAAUAGCCAUGGCCACCCCAAGAGAACUUCAGGAGAUGGAUAUAUCGCUUCUAUUGGAACUUCCGGCUUGGUUAGAGGACGAAUGUGAACUGGACAUUCUAAAUUUGACCAAAGACGUACCAGAUUCUUCGGUUCCCCCUUUUUUGGUGAUUCAGAGCACCUCAGACAAGGGUAAGGAAACACAACCAGGAAGUCCGCAAGCUGGUGUUGCAGGACAGAGUGGAAGAGGAGCCAGUGUUGUCUUAAAACACAAAAUAGAUGGAAUUCGAAGAAUUACUGCGCAUCCACUGCUUCCUUUAUAUCUGACCGGCGGUCAAGACGGUUCUGUGCAUUUAUGGGAAUGGGGCCACCAGCAUCCAGUGGCGGUACCAAGACCUCCGGGAACGUACGCCAAAGUAACCAGAGUUAGGUUUUCGCAACACGGCAACAAAUUCGGCGUCGCAGAUUCCGAUGGAAAUUUAAGUUUGUUCCAAGUCGGCUUGAGCGCGAAUGCAACCCGGCCAUUCUUUACUUUGCAGUGCCAUAACAAGGGCAUAAGCGAUUUUGUAUUUUUGGGUUCUUGCAGUCUGUUAGCAACAGCCGGCCACAGUUCUGAAAGCAAGAACGUCUGCAUUUGGGACUCCAUCCUACCACACGGAAAAGCUUUGGUAACAGCUUUCACCUGCCACGACCAAGGCGCUAGCAGCUUGGUCUUUGCCCCGCAACACCAGGUUCUCAUUUCGGCCGGAAAAAAGGGAGACGUUUGUUUAAUCGACGUGAGAUCCAAAGCGAUCAGACACAAAUUUACAGCGCACGAAAACGCCGUCAAAUGCAUAGCCAUUGAUCCGCACGAAGAUUAUUUUGCCACCGGAUCUGCCGAUGGAGAUAUCAAAAUCUGGGGCGUAACAGUGCCCAACGUACUGCUGUCUCUACCCGCUGAACACGCCAGAAGUAGUUUCUUCAAGAACAUCGGUCAGGGCGUUACUCAACUGCACAUCGAUAACCAUUCUAGGCUGUUCUCUUGUGGCGCUGAUGGCAGCAUGAAAGUCAGACAGUUGCCUGAUAGAGAGAGUCUACUUAGUCACCAUUAA